UCAUUUCUCCUCCCCAACGCGGAAGUACAGGAAGUGUUUUGAACUGAGUUUCCUCGCAAAUGAAGUAAAAAUAAAUCAAUAAAAAGGCGAAUGUUAUGAAGUAAACGCAUUUUUUUAUUUUAUACUUUUUUUAAAGUAAGUUAAUCUAAAAAAAAAAUCUGGAAAAAAAAACUUUUUGUUUCGAACGAAGUCUUCAUCUGAGCUCAUCCACAUGCCAUGGAGUGAAGUUGGAGCUUCUGCAGGUGCUGAGAUCAGCAGUCCUCAGGGCUCUGCAGGAGAUCUGGAGGAGGAACAUCAUGGGUCAAAGCGGGUGUGUCUCAGGGUUCAACACCAGGACCUCACUGUAGAGCAUAAAGCUGCCAGUCUGGAGUCUCCUUCUGAGGUUCAACAUACUACUGUAGGAGCUCCUGCUGCCAUUCUGGAGUCUACAGGUGCCACUCAGGGGGCUUUUGUUGCCACUGUGGGGUCUGAAGGUAUCACGAUGGAUAAAAAUGUCAGUUCUGGGGUAAAUUAUGCCACUUUGGAGUCUUCUGUUAGGCUGAAAUCUAUGGAUGCCACUUUGGCAUCUAAGCUGCAAUUUUCAGAUGCCACUUUGUCUCAUGAUGCUACUUCUCAGCCUAAUGAUGCCACUUUGGGGUCUAAUGGUGACUUUUUGCAGUCUAUUCACUCCUCUUUGGGGUCUAAUAAAGUGUUUUUUGAUUCGAAUGAUACCAGUGUGGAGUCUUCUGCUAGGCUGCCAUCUUCCGAUGCCACUUUGGAGUCUAACCAGACCUUACUGUCUAAUGAUGCCAAAAUGGGGUCUAAUAAGGCCACUUUGGGCGCAAACGAUGCCUUGUUGCAGUCUAUUGAUGCCACAUUAGGGUCGAAUAAAGUGUUUUUUGAGUCGAAUGCUGCCACUUUGGAGUCUUCCAAUGCACGUGUGAAAUGUGCUGAUGCCCCUGAGGAAGUAAAAGGCAACAGCAUUGAAGUGUCUGUGAUCAUCCCGGUGUAUAACGGGGCUGGAUGGCUGGAGGAAUGUCUCCAGGGCGUGGCGGAUCAGGACUUCCAGGGCUCUUUGGAGAUCUCUGUGUUCGACGACGCCAGUAUGGACAAUUCCAGAGCGAUUGCUGAAAGCUGGAGAGAGAGGCUGAGGAUGAGAGGUGUUUCCAUGGUGAUAUCAGGCCAUAAUAUGGGCACACCAAGAGGAGUUGGAUUCGCCAAAAACAAAGCUGUGGCUCAAAGCUCCGGACGAUAUCUGUGCUUCCAGGAUGCGGACGAUGUCAUGAUGCCCCAGAGAGUGAGACUGCAGUAUGAAGCUGCUGUCCUGAACCCCAAUUGUAUUGUUGGUUGUAAGGUGAGGCGAAUUCCAGAAGGUUCCACUGAACGCUACACCCGGUGGAUAAACACACUCAGUCCAGAACAACUACUUACACAGGUCUGCACCUCUCAUGGGCCGACGGUCGUCAUGCCGACAUGGUUCUGCUCACAUCAUUGGUUCCAGAAAGUCGGACCGUUUGACGAAGGAGGCAAGGGGGUUCCAGAAGACUUGUUAUGGUUCUACCAGAGUCUUCGACUGGGAGGGGGAGCGAUCCGUGUGGACGAGUGUCUGCUGAUUUAUCGCUACCAUGAGCAUGCUGCAACACAUUCUGUAUUAGAGGAAACCAUCUGGAAACUGCGAGUGGAUUUCUUGGAGGAGAGAGUGCUCGGGCGGUGGAGUUCGUUCACCAUAUGGAACGCCGGGAAACAGGGGCGGAAACUGUACCGCAGCCUGACGGCCAUAAAUCAGAAGAAGGUGAAAGGAUUCUGUGAUGUAGAUGAGAACAAAAUAAAAAAGGGCUUCUACACUUAUGAGGAAUCAAAGUUCCCUAACAUUAUGGGGACAUCGGGUCUACAGAAGGUCCUAAAAACAAGUAUGUGUGUUUGGUACAGGAGCGUCCCAAACCCAGAGUUCCAGUGCUGCACUACAGAGACUCCUCACCUCCUUUUAUUGUGUGUGUAAAACUAGACAUGACCGGUGGUGUAUUAGAGGACACUCUGCUCUCUCUCGGGUUAAAGGAGGGAGUUGAUUUUUAUCACUUUAACUGACGAAUGGACAGAAAGAUGGAGAAAAAGGACGAGUGCAGGAGCGACAGAUGAGGUGUGGAUGAUAAACCAAGGAAAAGAGAUGAAGGAGGAGAGGUUACAUGUCUGCUACAUGCUGUUCUUGCUGCUGCUGCUGUGUGUGUGUGUGUGUGUGUGUGUGUGUGUGUGCUCAGUGUUACAGUAUGUAACUGAUAAGUGCAGUGAUUAGAGAGCAGCUCUGAUUGGUCAGCGCGCUUUCAUUGUUUACUUUUCUCUGAACCCACAACACUCAUUCAUCCUGUUAUCUGUGUGUGUGUGUGUGUGUGUGUGUGUGUGUGUGUGUGUGUGUGUGUGUGUGUGUGUGUGUGUGUGUGUGUGUGUGUGUGUUACAGAGUGUUGAAAGACAGGAGUGUGGCCUUUGUGGGCAGGAGACUGACAGAGGAAUGUGUGUGUUGUGUUAAGACAUUAUCUGAGGUCAACAGCCACGUUCCUCCCUGUGUGUGUGUGUGUGUGUGUGUGUGUGUGUGUGUGUGUAGUAAAAGAGAAAUCAUACUUGGACAUGGCUGAAGGUUUUGAUGGAGAAUCACCUCAAUGCGUUUUCAUAAUUUUAUUGACUCAAAGUUUUAUUUGUUUGAAUGUAAUUCAGUAUGAGGAGCCAUGGCGGUGUUUAUACACCUAAUAAAAAGGUUUUAUACAUUUUAAAA